GCCUUAUCAGCUGUAUAGCCGAUAAAAAGAAGAGCGUGCGUGCGCUCAAUGAAUAAAAAGUAAUUUUACUUUUCUAGUGUACAAAACGGUUAACAAUAAACUCGUAUGGCAAAAUAGUGUAAUAAAAAAUAGGCAAUGCUUUAAAUAAAAAUAUAAAACAAAAAGCAAAAGUUCAACGGCUUUCGUCCGAGUAAAAACGCCAAGCCCCAUAAGCCAAAACAAUUAAUUAAUUUGUUUAUUUGGCACAUUUAUAUUAUUGCCCGUCGCGUGUGUGAACGUACGAACUGAAAGGUCAAAUACGAAACCAUCGGAAAAGUAUAGCCCGGCAUAUAGUAGCGAUAACUAACCAAGAUAGGCCACAGAAUGAACGACCGUGAAUUGAGCUGCAGUGCGGGCGGCCAGUUUAUGGAUCGCGGACGGAUGAAUCAGAAUGGAGUGGUCCAGCCACUGCUAACUGAUUUGUAUCAGAUAACUAUGGCCUAUGCUUAUUGGAAAUCCGAUAAGACCGAUGACACGGCGGUAUUCGAUCUGUUCUUUCGUAAUAAUCCAUUCCACGGCGAAUUCACAAUUUUCGCUGGCCUCGAGGAGUGCCUCAAAUUCCUGGAUAGCUUCCAUUAUUCCCAAAGCGAUAUCGAAUACCUAAAGCAAACACUGCCCGAGGGCAUUGAAAACGAAUUUUUUGAGUACCUUGGCAAUCUGACGGCGCGGGAUGUCACCUUGUUUGCCAUUGAUGAGGGCACGGUAGCAUUUCCACGCGUUCCCAUCAUUAAGAUCGAGGGACCUUUGAUCAUAGUCCAGCUGCUAGAAACGACUCUUCUCACCUUGGUGAAUUAUGCCAGUUUAAUGGCCACGAAUGCAGCCCGAUAUCGCAUGGUAGCUGGCAAACAUGUCAAACUAUUGGAAUUUGGAUUGCGUCGGGCCCAGGGACCGGAUGGCGGUCUAUCCGCAUCGAAAUAUUCCUAUACAGGUGGUUUUGAUGGCACCUCCAAUGUCCUGGCCGGAAAGCUCUUCAACAUACCCGUAAAGGGCACCCAUGCCCAUGCCUAUAUCACUAGUUUUAGCAGCAUUGGCGAACUUAAGACACGUCUCAUUAAGCACAAGCAAACGGGCAUCAUGGAGGAUCUAUUAGAGCACGCUGUGCGGCAUCGUCAGAUGCUAUCCCAUGUUCUAGACGUCUCAACGGAGGAGUCGAGUGAGGGUGAACUGGCGGCAAUGGUGUCCUAUGCCAUUGCCUUCCCCGACGGAUUUAUGGCUCUUGUCGAUACGUACGAUGUUAAGAGCCGAGAAACAGAACAGGCCAGCUUAGAACCCAAGCUUAUCAAUGAUAUCAAGUCUGAUAACAGUCCGCCAAAGCAAAAGCCAUCGACAAAUGGCCAUCAAAAUGGUCAGAGUAAUGGCAAAAUAAAUGGACACAAGACCAAUGGCCAUCAGAAUGGUAUUAUUGUUCAGAGUAAAGAUACUAAGAUACAAGAUACUAAGGCCAACACAGCAACAACAGCAGCAGCAAAGACAACAACAACAGCCACAACAACAACAACGUCCAAUGGGACGGCAUACCUACCAAAAUAUGUCGAGAAGUCAUUCAGGAGCGGUCUUCUCAAUUUCAGUGCCGUGGCCUUGGCCCUCAACGAUUUGGGUUAUCAUGCUUUGGGCAUUCGAAUUGAUUCGGGAGAUUUGGCAUAUCUAUCCUGCUUGGCUAGGGAAACCUUCGAGAAGGUGGCGGAACGCUUCAAGGUGCCCUGGUUCAACAAGCUGACCAUUGUGGCUUCGAAUGAUAUCAACGAGGACACCAUACUGAGUCUCAAUGAGCAGGGACACAAGAUUGAUUGCUUUGGCAUUGGCACGCACUUGGUAACCUGCCAGCGUCAGCCUGCCCUGGGCUGUGUCUACAAGCUGGUAGAGAUCAAUGGCCAGCCCAGAAUCAAGCUUAGUCAGGAUGUGGAAAAGGUUACGAUGCCGGGCAACAAGAAUGCCUAUCGUUUGUACAGUGCCGAUGGUCAUGCCCUCAUCGAUCUUCUGCAAAAGGUCUCAGAGCCACCGCCGGCAGUGGGUCAAAAGGUGCUCUGCCGUCAUCCUUUCCAAGAGUCAAAGCGCGCUUAUGUGAUACCCUCGCAUGUGGAGUCGCUGUACAAGGUGUACUGGAAAGCGGGCAAGAUAUGCCAGCAGUUGCCGACCCUGGAACAGGUUCGCGAAAAGGUGCAAAUCUCGUUGAAAACGCUGAGGAAUGAUCACAAGCGCACGCUCAAUCCCACGCCCUACAAGGUGGCCGUCAGCGAUAACCUGUACAACUUCAUUCACGAUCUGUGGCUGCAGAAUGCUCCCAUUGGCGAGCUCUCAUGAUCUAUAUAAAGUGGAGAUCCUAACGAUCUAUAUUUAUAUAUAUUCAUACAAAUGAUGCGCGAUAACAUUUCCGAGAAAUUUACUUUUUUUAUUCAUUGUUUUGAUCUUUAAAUUAGUCAUUUGCUGGUCAAUAUGCAUCUGUUGAAAUUUUGGCUUCUCUUCUUGAGAAAAUGAAGCACAAAUUCCCCAACUUGCGAGUGAAUUUCUAAAUCUAAAAAGAAUUGUGUAGUCAAUAGUUUUAAUGUGUUAUAACUAAUACUUACCUACCUACUUACUUACUUACUUAACUACUAUAUAAAACGCACAUCAUAUUCAGGAAUGUGUCAUGUGCCUUAAAACGAAACGGAAACGGUAACAGAAGCGGAAGCUAAGCAAAAACCUAAGCAGAAUACCAAACAUAAAAACAAAGAAUACAAAGAAAUCAAGUUGUAUUUAAGAAUUUUCCUAGUACUUAAGUGUUGAAAUGAAUGGAAACGUAACGAAAGUUAGAAGUACAAAUGCUUUUUAGGACAUUUUUGCAUGCAAACUAGGGCACACACACACUCACACAUCAAGCACACACCUAAUUAUAUAUAUUAUAUAUAAACUAUACAUACUACGUUUAUGUAUUUAACGAAAUUCAAUUGUAAAUAUGUUCAACUUGAUAAUUGUAAGCCAAUUAAGCAAUACACACAACACACACGCCGUCAACUCUAAAUGACACCGCUUCUUAAACUGUUUGCCUGUAGUUUUGAUCGAAAAUAAAACAAAAAAAAAUAAAAAUAAAAAUAAAAAAAUAAAAAAAAAUUGACAGA